AUGGAGAACUCAAAUCUUCUUUAUCGCCUAUCACAUGAGGAAUUUGCUUUGUGCAGGCAAGCACCAAUUUCUGCAAGUGGAAGAGUUAAUGAAAGAAACCAUGCAGGAAGUAGAGCAGAUCUGGGCAAGACACUCAUAGCUAAGUCAGCCAGCCACUCACCAAAUUUGCUGAAAGAUCACAAUAAAUUAAUGUUGUGCGAACAAAAGUUUUCUGAAAGAGUUGGAACAUUCUUUGAGGAAAAGGCCAAAGAUGCUAAUGGGAAAGAAAAUGUCAGCCUUCCUGUACACCUUGGCAAUGCAGUCAAGAAACAAGAGACACGAUCAUCUUGUAAAUCGAAUGCCGGAAAGCACAAGCAGCGUUACGUAGAACUUGUCAAAAAGAAUUUGCAGACACAUAAUCCAUACAACAAAACAGAAGAGCAUAACAAAACAAGGCAGAGUACAAGAAUGAUUUGGAUGUCAGAUGAAGAAAUAGAACGAAGGAAGGAUUUAUAUCUUCGGCUCGUUUCACACCAUAUAAACAAUGGUCAAAGGAUUCGAGGGCCAAUGCAAGAGUUACUGUGCCUGAUGGAUCACGUGGCUGAUAGAGAAUACAGAAAUUAUUCCAGUACUUGGCAGCACCCAUCAGAUCUCACCACUAGAGAUAGUAGGAACUGCAGAUGCUGGAGAACCUGAGAUAACAAGGUGUCGAGCUGGAUGAACACAGCAGGCCAAGCAGCAUCAGAGAAGCAGGAAAGCUGAC